AAUCGAGUCAUACAGUACAACUCCAAUCCCCAAAAGCCCAGCACAGCAUUAGGAGUAAUGGACCAGCCUAUCAGAGUCACAUUUUUGGGCCCUAUAGCCUCCUUCUCCCACCAGGCUGCUGUUGAAACAUUUGGAUCUCAGGCUGACCUGGUGCCCUGCAUAUCGUUCGCGGACGCGUUUGCCACAUUACAGGAGGAGCGUGCAGAUUACGCCAUAGUUCCUUGCGAGAAUUCCACUAAUGGAUCCGUCGUCCAGACGCUUGAUUUGCUGGCAGACCCGAACGGUCUUUAUGGCAACGUUAAAGUCUGUGGGGAGCAUUAUUUGACCAUUCAUCACUGCUUGCUGGCGCACGAAGGUGAAUCGUCGCCCGUCCAGCAGGACUACAACUCCAUCACCAGACUAUACACCCAUCCGCAGGCCUGGGGCCAGUGCGACAAAUUUCUGGAAAAAAAUCUGAAAGGUGUUGAACGACAAGAUGUGUCGUCCACAUCUAAAGGAGCGGAAAUAAUUUCGAAAGACACAACUGCGCGGACUGCUGCCAUAGCGAGUCGCUUUGCUGCAGAGUACCAUGGUCUUAAGGUUCUUGCGGAGAAUAUCGAGGAUAAAGCAAAUAACACUACGCGCUUCUUGAUCCUAAUGAAUAUUCAGGCCAAUCGCACCUCUGAUUGGGAAUUCGAGCAUAUUAAGGCUUCUGUUACCUCCGGAACGGCAAAAGAGAAGACAUUGAUCUCAUUUAUGGUUUCCCAGGACCGUGCGGGCGCCUUAGCAGAUGCUCUUCUUAUUUUCAAAACCCACGACAUGAAUCUGACGAGCAUCAAUUCACGACCCAGCCAGGUCAAAGCCUGGAAAUAUAUGUUUCUGGUUGAGGGGCAUUUGACUCCUACCAGUCGAAAUGAAGGCACAGUCUCCGACCUACUGCAGGGCUUGAAGCGGGCCACUGAAUAUUGCCGACACCUGGGAACAUGGAGAGAUCAGCUUAUACCUAACCCGGAAGGUGAAGCAAUAUAGGAUGAAGCAGUAUAUAUAAAAAGGCGUGAUUCGUCGAUAUCAAGUGGGUUCAUCUUGAUGACGUCCGUGCAAUCUUCUAUCCAUGACGAUUCGGCGUGCAAACUAUUAAUGUAACUGAGAACGUCUACAUGUCAAUGUAGGACUUGCCAUACAGAUAGAAAAUUGGCUUGCUUCCUGAAUUUAUGGAAGAUGCAGGAUUCACAACAUAGCAGAAUGAAAGAAAAUAAAAAUCUGGAGAUAACACGACAGCAAGUCCAAUACAUGGAACGCAACAGUCUAAAC